CCAGUUGGCCGGCCUUAAGGUGAGCGUCCUAAGAACUGGAUUUAUAUUCUGUUGAGGACAUCAAACAGUAAGGAAAGAGGAAGUUUAACAGGAGGAUGACUGGGAUUAAGUGGGUCCUGUUGGUGCUGGUCCUGACCUUUCUGAGUCCUGCAAGAGGAGAUAUUCAGGUCUCCUGUGUUUUCAUGGAGAGCUGCAUCUUACCGUGCAGUUUUCAGUCUGGUGAUGAUGUGGUCAUCCACUGGAUUCAGAUGACAACAAAAGACAUUCAGGCUCAUUCCUACUAUCACAACCAGGACCAGUUUGGACUCCAGGACCAGCGCUUCAGAGGCAGGACGUCUCUGUUCAAGGACCAGAUCUCCAGAGGAAACGCCUCGCUCCGGUUGACAGGGGUGGAGGUUCCGGACCAGGGAAGAUACAAGUGCUACACCAGCACCAUCACUGGCAACAAGGACUUAUUUAUCAACCUAAAUGUGGAUGCUCCUGUGGAUAAAGUCGACAUUCAGCAGGUAGAGAACAGGAUCACCUGCAGCUCAGAGGGGAUCUACCCUCAGCCUGAUCUCACCUGGUCCACCAGCCCUCCGUCAGACGUGAGCUUGGAGAACAAUCCCACAGUCCAGCAGACUGAACAGCUGCUCUACAACAUCAACAGCUCUCUGAUAGCUUCAGUUACUGAUCUGGACUACAGCUGCACCGUCAGCACGCGCACUAACAAGAGGACAGCUACUUUGUUUAAACUAACUUCUAUCAGUGGUUUAGACACUGAAACAACGAUCCCCUGUGAGACCUUAAACCCUCCACUAACAGGCCUCGUCUGGAGGUUCAACCACAGUCAGAUCAUCCUGAACCAGACCGGAGCCAACGUCCCCUACACAGUCUCAGAGGAGUGGAGGCAGCAGGUGAAGAGUGUGUCUGAGUCAGGCAGCCUCACACUAAAAGACUUCUCUUCAGAUCAAGAGGGGAUCUACACGUGUGAACUCAGUAAUGCUGAGGAGACCUACGUAACCACCACUCUUCUGAGGAUAGAGAAAAGUCAAGGGGAUUCUACCAAUGUUGGAGCUAUUAUAGGUGGUGUGUUUGCAGUACUGGUUGUAGUAGUAGUCGGCCUGGUCUUGUACUGUGAAAAUAAAAAAGAUUUUUCAGGACAAGACAACCAGAUAAGGCGUAAAGAUGGAACUAAUGUUGUAAAAGUUGAAAAUGGAGCAAAAACCACAACAAUGAGCAACCCGCUGCUUAACAAAGAUCAACAACAAGAACAAGUAGAACAAAAAGAACAACAAGGAGAAGACUAAACUUGACAAGCAGCUGAAACAGACGGAGCCCAAGACAGCUGAAGGAUUACAUUUCACCUGGAUCUGCUGCGUUCAAGUGAACACAAACUUUUUAUCUUCCAGUAUCUCCGGGAAGAAAAGUCUUUUCUGCGUGGCUUCUCCUUACUGGAACCUUGAAGGAAAAACAAAAAGCAAAGUCCAAAUAAUAGACCAGUCUUAAGUUGAAAUCAUUUGAAGUUUGUUAUCAGCUAAAGUAAGGGUGAACUUACCUUUGAGUCUGUUUUGGACACACAUCUGAUAGCUGAUGAAGGACGCUUUGCACCCAAACUGUGAUGCUCUGCACUAAACUGUCUCUACAACACAAUAUGCUGAAGGAUUAGUUGUUGAAGACUCCGACUGAUGAAGUCCCUAAUGUCCUGAUGCUCCACUCAGACUAAACAGUAGUGAUAAUAACAAUAGACUCUCAGAGACAGACAGAUUCUAACACAGCAGCUCUGGUUUCAGCUCAAGUCAGUUAAGUAUUAAACUCAUCAGCCAAAGACUUUAAAUGUGCAGCUUUACUACAAUCUGGUGGUUAUUUAUGAUAAAGUAGUUUACCAAGGUGCAAAUGAAGGGAUUUUGGGCCAAAUACUGGUACUUUCACAGAUAAAAAUGUGUUUUCUCAAUGAGCUACUUACUGUUGGUGAUGGGGUUUUACAUGAGCACACAUUUUCUACACACUUUAUAACAGUUUGGGUUGUUUCACAUCAGAGAUUUCUGGUUUUGGGUGUUGUUUGAGUUUUUUUUCACUAAGACCUUUGUUACUUAUUUAGUCAUGAAUAUUUAUGUUUGCAGGUGCUUUAAAGGAUCAGUGGGAUAUUUAGAGACAUAUACUUUGUUAAAAAACAUUAGUGCUUGAUUUGAUUUUUGAUUUUUUUAGAAUACCCAUUUUUUAAAUUUGAAAAUAAGAAAAUACAGAGGUCCAAAAAGGCAGAAAUGUAAUCUGUUUAACCCUCCUUGUUGUCCUCGGGUCAAAUUUGACCCAUUUUCAUCAUUUACAUUAUCAAAAAUUUACUUUCAACAAAUUAUUUAAAAAAAAAUACAUAAAAUAACAUGGAUGGUUCCAUACAACAUUUUUUGGUGUAAAAUAGCUAAAAGAUCAGUUCAAUAUUUUCAAUUAAUUUGGGUAUUUUAUUAGAUUUUAUAGCAUUUGGUUGAAAGAAGGUUAAAAAAAGUGACAAAUACUUUAAAAACAUGGGAAAAAAACAAAAACUUUUUAAAAAACACAGACAUCAGAAAAAGUGACAAACUUGAAAAAACGUGACACAUUAUUAUAGGCCCAGUUUUCUAUGCAACUUCAUUUUAUACAAUAUAUGUAGGGGGUCCCUGAUCCGUCUCUCUUUCAGUUAAGGGGUCCUUGGUUUAAAAACCGUUGGAGCCCCCUUUUCUAAAGCCAUAAAUCCAUUGAUGCUGAUCCUGCCCAGUGGGAGGAGACAGUAGGCCGGUGUUCUGAACCUUUUCACCUUGUGACCCUUUAAAAUAAAGCAGCAUGCUCUGGUGUCCUCUAAUCACGAGGUUUUUAGUGUGGACACAGAUGAGCAGUGUCCCCUCUCAGAUAGCUGGAUGGAUUUGAAGGUUUUGUGGGAAAAGUAAACAUGAUUUUGUGCUACAUUUCUUUUCUUUUUGUCCCCCUAUUAUGACUCUAAAUUGUCUUGGAACAAGUGCACCUUAAUGAAAUCUGCAGUCCACCAUCUGCAAUUUAGAAGUACACAAAUAAAGGUAUUUGUUGUUUUAAUUAAACAUCAGUAACUGAUAAACCUAAAUAUAAAAAGUGAUUUAAAAAACUGAAA